UCUAAUUCUACAUAUUGUCUCGCAUUUUGAAAAAAUGCCGGAACACAUUGUUAAAGUAUUACAGCGCACCCAGCUGAGCCACAGCCAGUCGGAUGCGAAACACUUUAUUUAUAUAUAUAGCAAGUGGCUGGAGGAUGUAACAGAGCUUGAACUGUUGCUCACAACGAGCAAUACCAGCUACAAGGCCACUUUGAAGCAUGGUGAAAUCAAAAGCGCCGCGGAAGAAUUGGAGCAACCGUACGAUGAGUUCUUUGCGGAGUGUAAAAAGGCGCUCAUCACGCAAAUGGGAGUACCUGGCUUUGACUAUGAAGUGGAUGAGCAGCAAGCGCGCUUCAAGCUCGUCAAAUGCACUGGCUUUGAGACACUUUACGUGGACGUGCCGCUGCGCAAGGCAUCCAACUGCUACCAGUUGCUGGACGCAGCCAUGGAAAUGGCACAACGACAGCCAACAGUCGAUGCAGCAGGGAAUGCUGGGCAAGUCGAUGCUGGAGCUAGCCAAUCUAAUGAAUUGCUUAUAGAAUACGAACAGUAUAUUAAGGACUCCAAGCUGGCAGAGAAGAAAUUGCUCAAAAAGUUUGUAAUGCUCAUCAAUAGCAAAAAGCAGCGUAUUGAAGAGCUAGAGCGAAGACUGGAGGAGCGAGGUCAAAAUGCUGGACACGAUACAGACACCGACAUAGAGGAGCAGCCGGCAGAAGUCAGUGUGGACGGGGAAGAGGGCGACGACGAUGAUGUAUAUGCCGGCGCCACCCAAGUCCUGACGCAGAAAAACCGAAUGCAGGAGUUAUAUUCAAAUAAAAUGCCAUCCACAGAGUAAAGCGACGUUUCCACAUCCAUUUAAUAUCCAACAUAAUACACAUAAAAAAAGGAAACUAAAAUCUUACACAUAUGUAUGUUUGUGUGAAUGAAUGUUUGUAUAUAUGUAUGUUUGUGUGUAUGAAUGUGUGUACAUAUGUAUGUUGGUGUGCAUGAGUGUAUGUACAUAUGUAUGAUUGUGUGUGUUGCUUUCUUUUACCAAACAAAAGUCAAAGCUAACUUGCCGCUGUGCCACAGCAUUUGAAAAUAACGUCUUUUUAAAUGGUGCUGUCCUCCUCGAUUCUCAUACAUUCAAGUAAGCCCUGCAGGCUUUCAUGCUUCAAUUGCAAGUGCCGUGUGUUUGUGUGUGUGUUAGAAAGUGUUGACAAUCUGAUAAACAAAUGUGUGUGUACGUUUGUAUACCAGUGUGUACGUUUGUAUGUAUGUACGCAUGUGUGUAUAUAUGUAUGUACGCAUUUGUGUAUAUGUAUGCUCGCACUUAUUUAUAUAUGUAUGUAUAUUUUUAUGCGAAUAUGUACAUAUAUAUGCGUGCACUUUUUAUAUACGUACGUACAUACGUGUGAAUGCAUUUAUAAGUGCACGUAUUUGUUUAUGCAUGCGUGCAUGUCCCCUCCUUCCUUUCAUUGCAAACACAUUCAAUAUUUUCCAUUCCAGUGAUUUGUUUUUUGUUUUCUUUAAUAAAUUAACUUUUUAAGGUGUACGUGUACAUGUAUAAAUAAACAACAAAUAGACUUUAUAACAUAAUAUACAUUACAAUUACAAUCAAUGUGUGUGUGUGUGUGUGUUAUCUGCUUAGCUUAGAAUUAGAGCAAAUCAAGAUUGCAUUUUGGAAUAAGUUACAAUUGUCGUUGCAGUUGUUAUUUUGGAAUUACUCGUGAACAGAAUGAUUAAGAAACGAAAGCCAAUUAAAAAAAAAGUUAAAAGCA